AUGGGAAGAAAGUCACUGUACCUUCUGAUUGUGGGGGUUCUUCUAGCAUAUUAUAUUUAUACACCUCUCCCAGAUAAUUUUGAGGAGCCAUGGAGAAUGAUGUGGUUGCACACACAACUGAAAACUACAGAACAUUUGGCUACAUUUGUUGAGCUGCUGGGACUUAACCAUUUUAUGGAUUCCCUAAUGAUUACCAUGAGAUUUAAUGAAGUCCCACCGACCUCAGAUGAAAAUGUCACUGUGACUGAGACUAAAUUCAAUAACAUUCCUGUCCGUAUAUACAUGCCGCAGAGGAAGUCAGAAGCUCUAAGAAGGGGUGUGUUUUACAUCCAUGGUGGUGGCUGGUGUUUGGGAAGUGCUGCUUUUCAUAAUUAUGAUCUUCUGUCAAGAUGGACAGCAGACAGACUUGAUGCUGUUGUCAUAUCAACCAACUACAGAUUAGCACCUAAGUAUCAUUUCCCAAUUCAAUUUGAAGAUGUAUAUAAUGCUUUAACGUGGUUCUUACACAAAAAAGUUCUUGCAAAAUAUGGUGUAAACCCUGAGAGAAUCGGUGUUUCUGGAGAUAGUGCAGGAGGGAAUUUAGCUGCAGCCGUGACUCAGCAGCUCUUAAACGACCCAGAUGUCAAGGUCAAACUGAAGAUCCAGUCUUUAAUUUAUCCUGCCCUUCAGACUCUUGAUGUAGAUUCACCAUCAUAUCGAGAAAACUCACAUUUUCCAGUUCUGUCCAAAUCACUCAUGGUCAGGUUCUGGAGCGAGUAUUUUACUACAGACAGAUCACUUGAGGAAGCCAUGCUGUCCAACCAGCAUGUUCCUGUGGAAUCGAGUCAUCUGUUCCAGUUUGUUAACUGGAGUUCCUUACUCCCCGAGAAGUUUAAGAAAGGCCAUAUUUAUAAGAAUCCAACUCAUGGUAGUUCUGAGCUGGCAAAAAAGUAUCCAGGAUUCCUAGACGUGAGGGCAUCACCUCUGUUGGCUGAUGACAAGAAGUUGCGUGGUUUACCCCUGACCUAUGUCAUCACCUGUAUACGACGUCUUAAGAGAUGACGGACUCAAUAUGACGUCUUAAGAGAUGACGGACUCAUGUAUGUCACCCGACUUCGGAAUGCUGGAGUUCAGGUGACCCAUAACCACAUAGAGGGUGCAUUCCAUGGAACACUUUCAUUUCCUGAAUUCAAAAUUAGUUACAGGAUGAGAAAUCAGUAUAUUAAUUGGCUAAGGGAAAAUCUAUAAUAAAACAUUUAUCAAUGAUACAUUUUCAGAAUAAAGUAAAUCUCAAAACAUCAAAAAAUCCACAUUAGAAAUUGUUUUUUCUUGGAAUGCUUUACUUAAGGUGCACAUAUAGUCUAAUAAUUCUUACUGUAAAUAGUUACCUUUCCACUUUUCUUUUUAACUCCGAAAGAUUUCAUUGAAUUUUCCACAUUGUCUAUCUGCUAUUUCUGCAAUUUUCCCCUUACAUUGUUAAUCUUACUUUUUAAGUAUCUUGUUUUCUUGUAUACUCUCUUUUUGUGUGUUAGCUAUUAUUUGCAAUUGCAGGAGGAUAAAUUAAGCGAAUAUUGCCCAUCUGAGUUAUGUUUGAGAUUUUAAUCAAUGCACAUUUAGGGUCUGAAAAACUUGUAAUUACAAUGAGCUAAGUUUCAACUCUCUUCAAAAGCAGUUGCUACAGUACAACGCCAUUUUAUUACCACUGUAAAUUUCUCUUCUUCUGUGAAACACCUCUAGAAUCCAGGCACCAAGUGUUGCACUAUUCAAUGCAAAAGAUCACUGUGCACUUUGGGGAAUUAGCGGCAUUGCAUUUGGGGAAAGGUAGAGAAACUGAAACAACCAAAGACUACAGUUGUAGAAGUAACUGACCAAUGACAGAAAAAUUUAAUCUGUGAAAAGCCCAUCCUGACAUUGCAGGGAGGAACACAAAAUAAAAUGGAAUGUAUUUCAAGACUAAGCAGAAUUAUUUGUACUGACCGUGAACUAUGUAAUUCAUUCUCGUUAUGAAACAGCACAGCCACAGGCAGUUUUCAGGUGGGGCAGGAGCUCCACGCAGCCAUCUGCUACUAAAGCUACUUCCAUCUUUGUCCUUCACCAUCUUCACCAUCUUUUGUAUAAAUACUCAUAAUUAUUGAGCUCAUUUCUGAGUACCAUCUGAAUCUUCUGUUUAGGCAGAGAUGGGAUUUGGCAAAAGAGCUACACUUGAGGCAAUUUUAUUACAUCAGGAGAAAAUAGUAAUCACAGAAGCUACAACCAAUAGACUUCUUAUAUUUCGUUUUCUAGGAUUGUAUCACAAGAAAUUUUGCAAAGAAGGAAGUUUUGUUGUUGGGCAAAUUACAUUAUCUUAUGCAAGAAAUAAGCUAAGAAUCGAUAGGUAACUAGCAGAAUAUGCCACACACAUCUAUAGCAGUAACUUGUUAAAAAACAAUUGUGGGAUAAUGAUUUUCUGAAUAAGUAAGUAGAGUUGUGGGUUAAUAUUAAAUGUAAUGAAUAGACAUAUAAGUUGGAUUAAGGUCCCAAAUGAUCAUUUCUGUACCACAUACAAACAAAAAAUGUGUUCGUUGUUUUGAAAUAAACUCUUGAAUUCUUC